AUCGCUAUGGGUAAUUUGGUUUCGAUCACCACCAUCAUCAACAUCUUGGUUCCUUUCUUCUUCCUCUUCAUCGAUGCUGAAGCGCAAUCUCCGGGGAGCUACAACUACGACAACAUGGAGAAUGGGUUCCGGCCAAGUCUCGCCGUCGUCAUUGGAAUCCUCUCCAUAAUGUUCUCUUUGACCUUUCUCCUUUUAGUCUAUGCCAAAUUCUGUCACAGACCACUCCCUUCCGACCUUAUCGUUGGCGGCGCUGAUCAAGGUCGCUUUGGUAACCGUGGGAUACUGAGGUCAAGCUCAAGCUCUCGCUUCUCCGGUAUCGACAAGACGGUGAUCGAAUCGCUCCCUUACUUCCGCUUCUCUACUUUGGAAGGAGCAAGAGAAGGCCUAGAGUGCGCCGUUUGCCUUUCCAAAUUCGAAGAUAUCGAGAUUCUUAGAUUGUUGCCUAAAUGCAAGCAUGCUUUCCACAUCGAUUGUGUCGAUCGCUGGCUCGAGAAUCACUCUAGCUGUCCUCUGUGCAGGCACAGGGUCGACCCUUCCGACAUCACCAUCUUCACCACUUCCAACAGUUUAAGAAUCUCUCGGAAUCCCUCUGAUCUCACCGAUGAUCACAAUAUCGAACUCUUUGUACGGAGAGAGCAAGAUCCUGAUAAUAAUCAAGUGGGCUCAUCGUCUUCCAGGUUUAGCAUCGGUAGCAGCUUUCGAAGAAUCGAAAAGGGCCAGAAAGGGGAAGAAUUGCCAAUCCAGGAAGAAAAACCCGUUAUCAACGGCGAAUAUGGUGGGGAUAACGAUGCUGAUGAUCGUAACUUGCUGGUUAAAUUCAAUCGUAGUAUUAUAGUCUCCGACGUCGUCUUCAAGAAUCGAUGGAGCGAUGUCAAUUCUUCUGAUCUCAGCCAGUUGAAUUCUGAGAUGUUGAGAGUGAUGUCGAGCAGGGGAUUCUCACCCUUGGCUUCGAGUAGCGAGCGAUUCAGUACUCCUGUGACGGCAUUAUCCGACAAUGGGUCUUCAUCAAAUGAGAGAAUUCUGAAAAUUAAGGAAGAGAUAGAGAGGAAGAAGGUGUUCGAGAAUAAGCUCAAUAAGAUCAAGACGAACUAUUCGUUUUCUUCCAACUCAAACUUCCCUUCUACUUCGGGGUCCGAAUCAAAUCCAAGAGUUCCACCAGGUCUAUUGGUUCCGUCAGAGGCCAGAUCGGUGUCCGAGAUUAACCUCUCGAGAUUUCCAGAUUACAGAGUGAAGAACAGAAUUAGAGAGUCUUUGAAUCAUAACGGGAAAGACGAGAGGUUGAGGAAGGUUUGGAUACCCAUUGCGAGACGGACGGUUCAGUGGUUUGCGGGUCGGGAGAACAGGUCACAGCAGCAGCAGCAGCACCAAUCUCAUCCUCAGCACACAUCUAACGUAUAG